AUGGGUCUCUCCAAAGACAUGCAGCCCAUCUCCUCUCCCUUCUUCCCACACAUCUUCUUCAAGAAUCAAUUCCGAAGCAAGCCCACAUGGCCUCCAAAAGACACCAGUCUUGCUGGAAAAGUCGCCAUUGUGACUGGCGCAAACCAAGGUCUCGGGCUCGAGGCUUCGGAUCAGCUCCUUUCUUUGAGCUUGUCGCGCUUGAUCAUCGCUGUCCGUUCUGUGGCAAAGGGUGAAGCAGCUGCCAACGCCCUCCGAGCCAAGUACCCCCAGGCGACUAUUGAUGUGUUUCAAUUGGAUAUGUCGUCUUACAGCUCUAUCCAAGCCUUUGCUGGGCAGAUUAAACAGCUUGACCAUGUAGACAUUGCUAUUCUAAACGCCGGCGUGCGAAAAACAAAGCUCGAGUUGGACCCCAAUACCGGCCACGAAGAAACCAUCCAAGUCAAUUACAUCUCAGCAGUACUGCUCUGUAUCCUCCUCCUCCCGAUUCUCAAACAAAAAUCCACACCACAGCAGCCCGGUCGGAUAUCAAUCGUCGGCUCAGGCCUUGCCUUCCAGUCCAAAUUCCGCAGUCGAACGGCCUCGCCCCUGCUAUCCUCAUUCGACGACCCCAAAAAUUUUGAUAUUUUGGAUCAAUACAACACGUCGAAACUGCUAGGGAUGAUGUUUCUCUGGAAAUUGGACGAGUAUGUAUCAGCAGAUGACGUCGUUGUCAAUCUCGUUGACCCGGGUUUCGUCAACGGCACGAGCUUGUCGCGCGAUUUGUCGCCUGUGGUGUCGGUGCUCAUGGCAGUGUGGAAGAAUGUUACUGCACGGUCGUUAAAGGUCGGUGCUUCGACGUAUGUUGACGCUGUAGUGCUCAAGGGGAAGGAGUCGCAUGGGAGUUAUAUUAUGAGUUGGGAGAUUAGUCCAUUUGUAGGAGUACUGUACACUCCGGAAGGACAGCAGAUAACUAAGAGGUUGUGGCAAGAGACUAUGGCCGAGUUGAGGUUUGCGGAUGUGCAGGGCAUACUAGACGGCCUGAAGGGAUAUUGA